AUGGCAAUUGUUAAUGUGACCGUAAAAUGGAAGAGCCAUGUGUACAACGAUCUACAACUCGACACGUCUAAGUCGAUCUUGACAUUCAAGGAGAUUCUCUGGACUCUCACCAACGUUCCGCCAGAAAAACAAAAACUGAUGUAUAAAGGCCUCAUCAAAGAUGACACAGAUUUAUCCACGUUAAACAUAAAAAAUAAUGACAAAAUUAUGCUAGUAGGUUCAGCAGAGACUUUAAUAGAAAAGCCAUCUCAUGUAGUUUUUGUGGAGGAUCUCUCCAAAGAAGAGAAAGAGAAAAUACACGCAAAGGAAAACAUCCUUUUUGAAGAACAGGGAAUUGUGAAUUUAGGAAACACCUGCUACUUCAACGCAGUAUUGCAAUUCUUAACCUCUUUUGAUGAUUUAGGGGCUUUCCUCUGCAACAUAAAAAGAAAGGAAAAACAUUUAUUGAAAUCUACCAACGAUAUUUUAUUCGAUUCAUACAUUCACUUUUCUCAAACGUUUGGAAAAUCCCCCGAGCCAUAUGUCCCUCUGGAAUUGUUAAAAUCCUUUAGGGAUGUAUUUCCCAAAUUUAGAACCGUAAAUUUAAGGACGAAACAAUUUGCGCAACAAGACGCAGAAGAAUGCAUGAACGCCAUUCUCACGUCAUUGAAUGAUAAUACUGAGUGUAAAAUUAGCGAUAAGUUGUUUUCGUUUAAGGUGAUCAGCAAGAUUAAGUGCAUAGAGGACGAUGCUACAGGGGGAGAGAAACCAACUAAGGAAAACCCCUCAGGGGAUAACGCACCAAGUGAAAAUGCACCCACUAUAGCGGCAGUGGAGGAAGUAGAAACCACAGAAGAGUUUCACAAUAAACUGAUUUGCUACAUGGGAACACACACCACCCCUGUGAACCACAUGCAUGAAGGAAUACGACUAUCCUUGAUUGAAAAAAUCCAAAAGCAGCGAUCUGAGGAUAGUAAGGAAGAUGCUCUGUUUGAAAAAAAAUCAGAAAUGAACUCCCUCCCGCCAUAUCUAAUUGUUCACUUUUUACGUUUCGAAUCGAAGAAGAUUUCCGAGUCGAAUAAUGCCACUUCCGUCGUUACUGCCAAAAUAUGCAGAAAGGUCAGUUUUCCAGAAACCUUUGACAUUUAUGAUUUCUGCACAGAUGAACUGAAGAGUCAGUUGAAGGUAGCUCGAAAUAUUGUUAUGAAGAGGAAGGAAGCGGACUUGAAUGCUCGAGGGGGUGCCGAAGGUAGCACUGCCAUAAGUGAACAGAAAAACGAAGACGCGAACGAUAGUAGUGUUAACAAUAGCAGCAACAAUAACCUGAACAAUAAUACGAACGGAGUGACGGGCGAUGAGACAAUGGAUGCAAAGCAGAUGGAUGAUAAGGAUAGCAGCCCAACGGGAGAUUUAACGGAAAUCCCCAUGGGGGAAUAUGAACUUAUUUCAAUAAUCACACACAAGGGCAGAAAUGAAGAAAGUGGUCAUUACAUUGCCUGGAAAAAAAUGAGGAGCUCCAUAGGCGCAGAUAGCAAUACGUACAAAGAAGAACUAACUGGUAAUAAAAAAAAAGGAAAGGAUUCCAUGUGGUAUAAGAUGGAUGAUGAUAAGGUUAGUACGCAUAAAUUUUCUUCCCUUGAUUUAUGUGGAGGGUGCAGUGAUUUCAACAUAGCUAUAUUGCUUCUUUAUAAGCGAAAGACCCUAUUAUGCACACAGGAGGAGUUGAACUUGCAUGGAAACUGA